AUGCUGGCUGUGCAGAUCUGGACUUUCUACCUGUUACUUGUGACUACUGUACCAAGCAGUUCUGGUAAGACAGCUAAAAUUGAGUUGAACAUUCAUGAUAGACAGCCCAAGAAACAUGCAGCAACCACUAAUGCUGAGCGUGAGGAGACACUUGUUCCUACGGCACAAUCGAACCAGCCGCGUCGACCACGCACGCCGCCUAUGGAGUCCACACACACCGCCCAAAAGUUGACGCACAAUAGCAGCUCGCGGGUCAAAAGUCGCAACUGGAAGAUCACAGAUUUUGACAUUGGCAAGGUGCUGGGCAAGGGCAAGUUUGGGCGAGCUUACCUGGCGCGUGAGCGCAACACGAACUUUAUCUGUGCGCUGAAGGUGAUGUUCAAGUCAGAGCUGAAGGAGCACAAGAUUGAGAAGCAGCUUCGCCGCGAGGUCGAGAUCCAGACGCAUCUGCGGCACCCGCAUAUUCUGCGUCUGUACGGGUACUUCCAUGACGAGAAGCGCGUGUAUUUGAUUCUCGAAUAUGCGGCCAACGGAGAGGUAUACAAGCUGUUGAAGGAGCAAGGCAAUUUCAGCGAGUCUGUGACGGCGCGGUAUAUUGCGCAGAUGGCUGGCGCCUUGGACUAUUUGCACGAGAAGCACGUUAUCCAUCGCGACAUCAAGCCAGAGAACCUGCUGCUGAACGCGAACGGCGACCUGAAGAUUGCUGACUUUGGAUGGUCUGUGCAUGCACCAAACUCCAGGCGCCAUACGCUGUGCGGAACACUCGAUUACUUGCCGCCAGAGAUGGUUGAGGGCCGUGACCACAACGCAGCAGUCGAUCUGUGGAGCCUGGGCGUGCUGAUGUACGAGUUCUUGGUUGGUGUGCCACCAUUUGAGGACCUGCAGAGCCACAAGGCCACGUACAGGCGUAUCGCCAGGGUGGACCUGCACAUACCGCCGUAUGUCUCGCCCGACGCCGCCGAUCUUAUUACGCGUCUGCUGCAGUAUGAAAGCACCAACCGUCUGCCGCUGAAGGAUGUCCUGCGGCACCCGUGGAUCCGAAAGCAUGUCCCUGAUCCCUAUGGAAUUUAG